CAUUAAGAUAAUAUAAAAUUUAUUAAUGCACGUGCUUUGUUACUUCCAUUGUGCCCACAAUUGAUUUAUUGUUAUUAGUUUCAAAUUUAAACUCAUUUAGAGUCGUCGAAACAGUUAAUAAGUGAAAAAAGUUGGACUGGUCACUCCACAGAAAUGAGUCCUGAUAUUAUUUUGGUUGUAAGUCUUAUUGUCAUGUCUUCAGCACUACCUGCUAAUAACAAAAAUCGAUUUUUAACCACCAUUGGAGACAGAGAAUAUUUUAUUGAGGAUAAUCUUGAGGCAAAUUGGGAAUUAGCUUUCCUGUCGUGUCGCAAACGUGGCCUCCAUUUAAUAUCCCUGGAUGAGUUACCCUACAGGAAACGUCUAAAGGAGUACCUAUCAAAAAAUGAGCUAAAAGAAAAAUCAUUUUGGACUUCUGGGACUGCCAUGAAUUUGGAGUCGUGGUACUGGUUGGACGUGGGUAAAUUUUUCAAAGGAAAAAUCGAAGGCGAAGUGGAAAAUGGGGUGCACGAUUGCUUAACACUAAAAGGGGAUGUUUUCUAUCAGAGAAACUGCAGUUCAAAUAACCAUUUUAUAUGUGAAUUGAGACAAUAAAAUUUUUGAGAUAUUAAUUAUUUAAAGUGUUCAAAAUUUGUUACAUUUUUAAAUAAUAAUAUGUUACUUGUUAAUAUAUAUGAGUCGAGAACUCAUCGAUUUUAAAUGUUGAUUGUUGCUCGACAAACUGUAAUAAUUUCUACAGGUAUUUUUAUGUAAUAUCUAAAUUAGUGUAAACCAUAAAAACGUGGAGAUCUCUGUGAAUAAAAUAUUCAUUUUGAUAGUCCAAGACAAUAAAAGUUGUUUGUUUCCAGAUUUGUUGUAUCAAUAUAUUUUUAUCACCAUCCUGGAUGUAUUACUCAUAACUGAAAUAUUGUUAUUUCAAUUUCGAAUACAUUUAACAGUCGACACUCAUCUGAAACCAGAGAAAGUUAUACUUAUCACUGCGAAAAAAUGAAUAUUUAUAUAUUUUUAAUUUCUGGUUUUGUUGCUAUGUCUUCCUCGCUACCCACUGAAGACCGAUACAGAUUUUUUCAAUCCAUUGGAAGUAGACAAUAUUAUAUUGAAGACUAUCUUCAGGCAAAUUGGGAAUUAGCUUUCUUGAUAUGUCGUAAACGUGGGCUCCACUUGGUAUCCUUGGAACAAGAGCAAGAUCAACAACGACUAAAGGAAUAUUUAUCAAAGAAUGACUUAGGAAACAAAACAUUUUGGACUUCAGCAACAGAUAAGGAUUUGGAUUCUUGGUUUUGGUUGGACGUUGGUGAACCUUUCAAAGGUGAUUCCUUCUCGAGUGAUUCCGAAAAUCAAGAAACUCAUUGCUUGGCAAUAAAAGAAGGCACUUUCUACAAAACUAAUUGCACUUUAAGUAACUAUUUUAUUUGUGAAUAUAGGGCUGAUCCAACAUUAAGAUAUUACUAAUAUUAUGUAUUAUUAACUCUAAGGAAC